AUGGGACAACAGGAGACUCUGUACCUUUUUGGGGACCAGACCUUUGACGUGGAGCCGCACCUGCACAAGCUGUUGGACGCUAAGAACAGUAAUGUGGUACUCAAAGACUUCCUCGACAAGGCAUAUGAGGCCCUACGCAUGCAGAUAUUCCGUCUGCCAAAACAAGUCCGCGAAGGCUUGCCCAGAUUUACGAGCAUUGAGGAUGUGCUCCUCUGGAAAGAACCUGAGGGUAGCAGCCAUUGCGUGCCAUUGGACAUGGCGGUGACCUCCGUGUAUCAGCUGGGGUCUUUCAUACUCAACCAAACCGGGAAAGAUUACCCUAAGCCAGAAAAUGCCUGCAUUCUCGGCCUCUGUACCGGCGCCCUCGCCGCUGUCACCGUCAGCUGCAGCCAGAGCCUCUCCGGUCUGGUACCCCGGGCUGUGAAAGCCGUCGUGACCGCGUUCGGCAUCGGGGUGUGCGUGUCAAACAUGAAGAUGCGUCUCGUAUCUCCCGCUGGAACGUCUCGGACAUGGUCCAUGAUGGUCGCAGGGCCAUCUGCUUCCGAAGCCGUGCGCAAGUUCUGCGAAGAUAGUGCGCUGCCCACGACGGCAAAACCCUUCAUCAGCGCAUAUACACCCAGCGGUCUGGCUGUGAGCGGUCCGCCAAGCUCGCUGGACGAGCUUGUGUCCUCGGCGCACUUUCAGGGGUUGAAGCACAAGGCCAAAGCCGUAUUCGCUCCUUACCAUGCACCACAUCUUUAUUCACGAUCAGAUAUUGACGAAAUUUUGAUGCCACUGGGACUAAAAGAGAGGCCACAGCCAUCCGCGAAAAUUCCUGUCAUAUCGAGUAGCGGUGCCUGGGUCGAAGAAACGAAGUUUGAAGACUUACUCAGGGCCUCGUUGGAAGACAUCCUACUCCAGCCUAUUCGCUGGAAUAACAUCCUCGAGUCGGUCAAAGCUCGUCUCGGGCCCUCUUGGGAUCCCAAGACAUGCAAGGUCGAGUUGUUCGGGUCUCGAGCGGACCAGCUUAUCUACACGGCGCUGAGGCAGCCGGCUGUUGCAGGCCGCCCAAUGACACAACGACCUUCAAUGAACAGACUAUCAUCGGCUUCGAAGGGAGUUCCUGAAUGCAGAACCCAGGCCAGACCCAAGAUAGCCAUCAUUGGCAUGUCCGGAAGAUUUCCAGGCGGCGCGAACAGUAGCGAGGCCUUCUGGGACCUCCUCCGAGAGGGACUCGACGUCCAUGAGGAGGUCCCGCCUCUGCACUGGUCCAAGGAACACGUCGAUGCGUCAGGAGCCCGCAAGAAUACCAGUGCAACACCGUAUGGCUGCUGGCUGAGCGACCCCGCUUCGUUUGACGCUCGUUUCUUUAACAUUUCUCCGCGCGAGGCGCCACAGAUCGAUCCAGCACAGAGGAUUGCCCUGAUGACUGCAUACGAGGCACUGGAACAAGCCGGUAUCGUGCCAGAUGCUACUCCCUCAACGAGGAGGGACCGUGUAGGCGUAUUCUACGGCGUUACCAGUAAUGACUGGAUGGAAACCAACAGCGCGCAGAACAUUGACACCUACUUCAUCCCUGGGGGAAACCGAGCCUUCAUUCCGGGUCGAAUCAAUUACUUCUUCAAGUUCAGCGGCCCUAGCUAUGCGGUUGAUACGGCCUGCUCGUCCAGUCUUUCUGCGAUACACACGGCCGUCAACUCCCUCUGGCAGCAUGAUAUCGAUACGGCCAUUGCAGGCGGUACCAAUGUGUUGACUAACCCAGAUUUCACUGCUGGGUUAGACCGUGGUCAUUUCCUGUCCCGUACUGGUAAUUGUAAGACGUUUGACGAUUCAGCUGAUGGGUACUGCCGCGGCGAAGGGGUUGGUACUGUAAUAAUGAAGCGACUGGAGGACGCCGUGGCUGAUAAGGAUCCCAUCUUGGGCAUAAUUCUCGGUGCCUACACGAAUCACUCGGCCGAAGCGGAUAGUAUUACACGACCCCAUACUGGUGCGCAACGAGCCAUCUUUUCCAAAAUUUUGAACUCGAGCACGGUCGAUGCCAGCAGUGUUGGAUAUAUCGAGAUGCAUGGUACGGGUACACAGGCUGGUGAUGCCACAGAAAUGUCCAGCGUGCUUGACGUGUUUGCAUCACAGGAGCAAGCAGCUCGUCAGACGCCCGUCUAUCUCGGCUCGGCCAAGUCUAACAUUGGACAUGGGGAGGCCGCUUCGGGCGUAUCUAGUCUAAUCAAGGUGCUCCUAAUGAUGAAGAACAGCCUGAUUCCGCCACACAUCGGUAUUAAGACAAAGAUCAACCACAAAUUUCCUACUGAUCUGGAAGAGAGGAAAGUUCGCAUUGCGAAGGAGGCUGUUCCAUGGCACGCUGCGGACUCAAAACCUAAGCGGGCCUUUGUGAAUAAUUUCUCAGCUGCAGGUGGAAACUCAGCCAUUCUGCUCGAAGAGGCGCCGGCCGCAAUGCCAGACGAUGGUCAGCAUGGCUCCGUCAGCGCGAAUCUUGUCGCGGUUUCUGCCAAAACAGCAAACUCUCUUCAGGGAAACCUCUGGUUACUAAAGGGGCAUCUGUUGAAUGGGUUGCUGCAAAAUAGCAAGGAGGCCACAUCGGUGGGCCAGCUCUCAUACACCACUACCGCUCGGCGAAUUCAUCACCCACAUCGCGUCAUGCUUGUCGGCUCUUCGGUGGACGAGCUCCUUGCGCAGAUUGACAUUGCUCUUCGAGACCAAACGGGCAUGAUGCGGCCCAAGAGCAAGACACCAAAGAUUGUGUUCGCCUUUACCGGACAAGGUGCGCAAUUCCCAGGCAUGGGCCGGCAAAUGAUGGAGACGUUUGCCUUGUUCCGCACAGAGCUCCGCCAGCUUGACCACAUCGCCUGUAGUCUUGGCUUCCCUUCCAUAAUGCCCGUGUACAUGGCCCAAGAGGAUCAGUCUCUCGACGACUUCGCCCCCGUACAGGUCCAGCUCGCCAGUGUCUGUAUGCAAAUUGCGCUGGCGCACCUCUGGGCAUCAUGGGGCAUUAAGCCCGAGGCCGUUGUUGGCCACAGCCUCGGUGAGUACGCCGCCCUGAACGUCGCAGGCGUUCUGUCCGACUCAGAUGCCAUCUUCCUUGUUGGUACGCGGGCCCAGCUUCUUCAAGACCUCUGCACCCGCGGCACGCACUCAAUGCUGGUUGUUCGGGCAUCUGCUGGUACUAUUAGAACCGCAUUAAAGGAUACACCUCAUCAAAUUGCAUGCAUGAACUCGCCCAUUGAGACCGUCCUAGCCGGCCCGGACUACGAGAUAUCCGCAGCAACUCAGGUUCUUGGUGAUGCCGGUAUCAAGACGACGAGGCUAGAGGUCCCCUAUGCGUUUCACUCAUCUCAAGUCGAUCCUAUUCUGGCCCCCUUCGAAAAGGCUGCCGCUUCUGUCCGAUACCUCACUCCGAAGUGUCCAAUUUUAUGCCCCCUAAACGGAACCCUCAUUACCGCCGAGGGAGCCAUAGGGCCUUCAUACUUUGGCCGCCACUGCCGUGAGCCCGUCAACUUGCUCCAGGCUCUACAGUCCGCCCGCCAACAGGGAAUCAUGACCGAGCAGUCCAUCUUGCUCGAGGUCGGCCCCCAUCCGGCGGUUUCAGGCAUGGUCAAGGCAACACUGGGCUCGAAUAUGACGGUAAUCUCGGCACUCAAUCGUAAAUCCGCGCGUGACGUGCUCUCCGACGCCCUGAAGGUGGUCUAUCAAGCUGGUGCCGACAUCGCGUGGGCAAUAUACCAUGACGACUUCAAGUCUUCGCAGAAGGUGAUCACCGACCUGCCAGCUUACAGUUGGGACCUUAAACCGUACUGGAUACAGUAUGUGAACGACUGGUCGCUGCGGAAAGGAGACGCGCCGCUGUUAGUAAGCGAAAACGAGCAGGAGACAAAGCUAGAGAGCACCACGAUCCACCGUGUCGUCGAGGACUCGUCAUCCGAGGGCGGUGCAAAGCAGCACAUCGUCGUCGAGGCAGAUAUUGCACGGCCUGACCUGAACCCGCUUGUUCAGGGACACAUGGUUGAUGACAUCCCGCUGUGCACGCCAUCAGUCUAUGCUGACAUGGCUCUCACGCUGGGCAGGUAUCUCGUCAGUCGCCGGCAGACGAUGGGGACCGGAAGCAAGCAGGUCGACGUGUCGGACAUGACCAUUUUCAAAGCGCUAAUAGCGAGACCGCAUGGCCCCCAGCCACUCCAAGGGCAUGCUGAGGUGAACUGGACGAAGAAUGAAGCUUCCAUGAAAUUUGUCAGUUUCGAUGGCAAGGGCAAGCCGCAAGAACACGCCAGAUGCACGCUCCUCUUCACAGACCGCGCACUCCUCCUGAGAAAACUCCAGGACGAGUCCGCCGCGAUCAGGAUGCGCAUGCAGGAUCUCCGCCGAGGUAUCGCCAACGAGACAGCCGCUCGCUUUACCCGACCGAUGGUCUACCGCAUGAUUCGCCCGCUCGCCCAGUUCCACGAUGACUACCGCGCCAUCGACGAAGUUGUUCUCGACAGCAACACCCUCGAGGCCUCGGCGUCUGUCAGCUUUGGAGGGAUCAAGAAGGGCGGAAAGUUUGCCUUGCAUCCUGCCAUCAUUGACGCGUUCACGCAGUCCUGCGGGUUCGCCAUGAACUGCAAUGACCAUACCAACCUGGAUAGCGAGGUCUUCAUGAACCACGGCUGGGGCCGAUUCCAGGUCUUUGAAGAAGUGCAUUUUGACCGUCCUUAUACCUCGUACACGCGCAUGUUUGAGGGCAAGGACAAGCUCUGGUAUGGCGACGUGGUGAUCUUCGAUGGCGAGAAGAUUGUGGCUGCGUUCGAGAAGAUUGCCAUUCAAUGCGUACCACGACGAGUCCUCCGGGUUAUCCUCUCUUUAGAGAGCGGUAUCAAGUCUAAGAAGCCUACUCCUGCGCCAGCUGAGACAGUCCCAACGGCUAGCAAGACUAUCGAUGUAUCACAGACCAUGGAGACUCAAGUCGAGACACGGACUCUUCCCGCAACGCCUCUUCAAGCAUCUGUGUCUGGUGCUUCAAAAGCAUCUGCCGCCUUGGAAAUCAUCUCAGAGGAAAGCGGAGUUGCUUUAGAAGAGCUUACUGACAGCAGUGCCUUUGCUGACCUUGGCGUCGACUCCUUGCUUGGUCUGACGAUCUCGGCUCGCUUCAGGGAGGAGCUCGACCUGGACCUUGAUUUUGACGCGAUGUUUGUCUCCUAUCCAACCAUUGGCGACUUGAAGAGCUUUAUUGAGCCUGCUGGAGUUCGCGACACCAGAAUUGACGAGGGACGCCCUGCGCCACCUGUUACUGCACAUUCCACAUCAUCUGUGGCUAAGGCAGGGGAAGAGCCACUGCUCAUUUCGAACAUGUGCCAGGAGCCAGUGGAGAUCUUGACAAGCACCAGCGAAGACGGCGAAGGAAGUGGGUUCGACUUCAAUCGCGCACUCGAGAUUGUAUCGGAGGAGAGCGGAAUUGCCGUGGACGAGCUGACGGACGACACAAACUUCGCCGACACUGGCGUCGACUCACUCCUGUCGCUCGUGAUCGUCAGCAGGUUUCGCGAGGAGCUGGAGCUGGACAUUCCAAUGGACUCUCUCUUUGUCGACUGCCCGACUGUUGCCGACCUGAGGUCCUGCCUGCUUGGAGAAUCAUCAUUGGUGUCGUCAGACACGGAAGAAUUCACGGAGAUUCAAGUCAUCCCAACGAAGGUUGCAGCGAUGAGUGACAAGGCUUUUGGCACGACUGUCCACGUACACUCUAUCAGUGUUACUCCUUCGUCCUCAGAAGUCUCCUCCAACAUCGACGAGUCUGAAUUUCUGGAGUCUACCUCCAUCGCCGUGCCUCGUGCCACUUCCCUGGUGCUGCAGGGGAAUCCAAGGACAGCUUCCAAGACACUCUUCCUUUUCCCCGACGGAUGUGGCUCCGCCUCUUCGUACGCAGCCAUCCCCACGCUCGGUGCAGAUACAUGCGUUGUGGCCCUCAACUCGCCGUUCCUCAAGCAAGCCGAGAAAUUGCGCGCCGCGCGUCUAGACGAUGUUAUAAACGACGGCUACCUUGCCGAAAUCCAGCGCCGUCAGCCCCAUGGGCCGUACCACCUCGGCGGCUGGUCUGCCGGCGGUGUGCUCGCCUACCGCGCUGCCCAGGUCCUGACUGCCAGCCGCCAUGAGCAGGUUCUCAGCCUGAGCCUGAUCGACUCGCCGCCGCCUCUCCACGGGCUCGACCGCCUGCCGCCGCACUUCUACGAGUACUGUGAGAGCCUUCACCUGUUCGGGCACAAGUCUUCAUCCGGAGGGGGCAGCGGUGGAGCUACCGCGCCCGCGUGGCUUAUUCCCCAUUUCAACGCCACAAUCGACCUUCUCCACGAGUAUCGCGCGGCGCCUAUGCGGUCCGGCCGGUUCCCGUCUGACGUGCCCAUCCCGAAGGUGGGUAUCAUCUGGGCGGCUGCCUGUAUUGCCGACAACCCGCGCCUGCCGAAGCUUGCGCCUCAUCCUGAUGACACUGAAGGGAUGAAGUUUCUGCUGGAACGGCGAACGGAUUUCGGAGCCAGUGGCUGGGGCACAUUGUUCCCUGGCAGCGAGAGGCGCAUAUUUGUUGACAGGGUUGAAGGGGCCCAUCAUUUCUCCAUGAUGCGCGAACCGUACUCCCAGAAACUCGCUGAGUUCCUCGUGAAGACUAUGGCAUAG